UCGAUAAAGGAAGCCAACUAUGCCAUUCACGACGGUAGCGCCGAUAUCGUCGUUGACGUCGGCGUCUAUCCCUUCAGUCGUUUUCGUGGCUGACGUCGAUUGGUGGUUUAACGAGGGUGGAGACUGCUCCUGUUCAGUGGUCGCAUCUUCACCGUUCUUGAGUGUAUUUAUGUAGUACACAAUAAUCGCAUGUUGACAAUCUGUCAAUCGUAUGCGAUGUAGGACCGAAUAGAAUGGAGUAGCGAGACUUCAUAAAAAAGCGACACAAUACUUUCAUCAUGUCUACGAAAUCCAAGGAAAAAGUAGUAGCUGCCAUCCGAAAGCUCUUUCGAUCUUCCGAUAAGAUAGCUGAACCGGAGGGAGCCAGUAGCUCAACCAAUUCUCCAUCAAGGAGACUCCUAAAUCGCCACCACCGUCCAGAUGCUGUGACUCCAAUGGAUGGACCGAUAUUGGAAAAUCCAGAUUCCACUCAUGCUGAUCGCAGUUGUUUCUUCAAGGCAAAAAAGUCUGUAAAGGAUAACAACGAAUGCAAAGCCGUCUACGACAAGGACAUCGGUCUGCGUCGCCUAAUGAAAGAGUUUAACAGGAUCCAAAGAACACAACGCUGCGACUCUGCCUUCACCGUGGAGCUCGUCAAUGAUAAUGUUUUUGAGUGGUUUGUUCGAUUGCAUAAAAUUGAUCCAGACAGCAAGCUAGCAGCCGAUAUGCGCGAGUUAAAGAUACCUCACAUAUUGCUGCAUGUAAUUUUUCCGAAGGAGUUUCCAUUUGCGCCACCUUUUAUGAGGGUAAUCUCACCGAGAAUCGAUCAGGGUUUUGUAAUGCAUGGCGGUGCUAUCUGUAUGGAACUCCUUACGCCGAGAGGAUGGUGCUGCGCGUAUAGCGUCGAGUCGAUGAUCAUGCAGUUUGCAGCUAGUGUUGUGAAGGGGCAGGCACAAGUGGCAAGGGUGCCAAAGCCGAACAAGGAGUACAAUCGGCAAUUGGCCGAGGAAACAUUCAAAAAUCUGGUGAGAACACACGAGAAAUACGGUUGGGUGACACCACCGCUCGCUGAAGGUUGACCACAGAAUAUGUUAUCAUAAAAAAUCGAAAGAGAUCUGUAUUUUUUUUUGCUUGAGAAGAGGUGCACGAAUCGACGUGAUUUUUUCCGAUUUUCCUGGAGACGUCGCAAUGAUUUUUUUGUUGCAUUAGGAAAAUCAAAGUGUAAUUUUAUUGCCUAAACAGCAAGAAGAAUGCACAAGCAAAUGUUACCAGAAAAAGCAUAGAGUUUAAACAGCACGCGUGGAAGUUUUUUUAGUCAUUUUUCAAUUUUUGUAAUAAAAAUACGUAAGACUCUAAAGAGAAAGAAAGUUUCAAGAUCUUUAAACAAAAUUUCCAUUUUUUAUUUAAUUACUUGUUCCUUUUCCAGUGAAGAAGAAAUGAAUAUCGGAUACAAAAGUACUAAUUUCGAUAUUUAUAUAAAA